CACUGUCGAUACAUCAUUCAUGCUACGAAGUGUCGCUGGUAGCAGAAAUUCGUCUGACAGUUUAUUGUGGUAAUAAAUCCGAACCAAGAUAUAUUAAAUGGCCGCAAACGUUCGACAACAAUUACUACAUCUGGCAAAUUUAGGAGGAUCUCCUAAAGAUCAAGUCGAUAGAUAUAGAAGUGUUCUAGAUAAUAUAAUAAAAUGCAAAGGAGAAGAACUUAUUGAAGGUCUUAAGGCAUUUGUAGAAGCAAUUGUCAAUGAAAAUGUGAGUUUAGUAAUUUCUAGACAGUUACUGACUGACGUUGGCAAUCAUCUGACUAGAUUAACUGAUGACAUUUCGAAAACAGUUUCACAUUUUACUCUGGACAGAGUACAACCAAGAGUUGUUUCUUUUGAAGAACAGGUAGCAAGUAUUCGACAACAUCUGGCAGAUAUUUAUGAAAAAGAACAAUGUUGGAGAGAAGCUGCUAAUGUUCUUGUAGGAAUUCCCUUAGAAACUGGUCAAAAACAAUAUUCAGUUGAUUAUAAAUUGGAAACAUAUUUAAAAAUUGCAAGAUUAUAUUUGGAAGAUGACGAUCCUGUUCAAGCCGAAGCUUUUAUAAAUCGAGCCUCUUUAUUGCAAGCUGAAUCUAAUAACGAGCAGCUGCAGAUUUAUUAUAAGGUAUGCUACGCUAGAGUGUUAGACUACAGACGCAAGUUCAUUGAGGCAGCUCAGAGGUAUAAUGAAUUAUCAUAUCGUACUAUUAUACAUGAUGAAGAAAGAAUGACUGCUCUGAAAAAUGCACUUAUUUGUACAAUCUUGGCUUCAGCUGGCCAGCAAAGAUCCAGAAUGCUUGCCACGUUAUUCAAAGAUGAAAGAUGCCAACAUCUGCCUGCUUAUGGAAUUCUGGAAAAAAUGUAUUUAGAUAGAAUAAUUAGAAGAAGUGAACUAGAAGAUUUUUCUGCUCUGUUGCAGUUACAUCAAAAAGCCACAACAUCCGACGGUUCUACCAUUUUGGAUCGUGCCGUUACUGAGCAUAAUCUACUGUCGGCAAGCAAGCUAUACAAUAAUAUUACUUUUGAAGAACUUGGAGCACUUUUAGAAAUACCACCAUCUAAGGCAGAGAAGAUUGCUUCGCAAAUGAUAACAGAAGGAAGAAUGAAUGGAUAUAUCGACCAAAUAGAUUCUAUCGUUCAUUUUGAGACACGCGAAGUAUUACCUUCAUGGGACAAACAGAUACAGAGUCUGUGCUUUCAGGUGAAUAACAUCAUCGAAAAAAUAUCUCAGCACGAGUCGGACUGGAUGACGCAGAUCACGGAGGAGCAGAUGGUUCACUAACGAACGAGACUCCGAUCGAUUUUGGCUCUGCUAUAUGUAUAGUUUCUCAAUAAAACUAAUUAUACAAAA